AAUGUACACCACAUCGUAUCGCGGAUUCGAUCCCCGGCUCUGCCCAGAGUUCUUUCGAACCCUCAUGACCCACCAUCGACGCAACAAUGCUGAUCCCUCGGACUUGUUCCAGAUCCAUCCAACCAACGCUGUCACCGACAUCGGCCGAGCUGCAUUCUCAAUGGAUCGCCAGAAAAUUGGCAAACUCGGUCCAAUGCUUGUUCCGCGAAGCUUCUAUCCGAGCUGUAUGCAAGUGAUAUACGACUUCCGUGUAGGAAAUUCCGAAAUGGAUACCAGGCACGGUCCAACUACAGCCUUCUCCACUACAACAUUCUUCGGAAUCGCAACAUGGUUAAUAUCGAAUCCUUCGUGCAAUCACUGUUCCGAGCUCAAGGGCGAAUGAGAUGAACGUUUGAAAGCACUUCGCCAAGCAUCUUCUCGCAAAGAUCAAUGUACUGGUUCCAAAGCUCAAUCCGAACCUGAAGAUGGCCUCUCAUUCGGCGUGUGCGCAAGGCUAUGCUCCAUUCUGGUGCCCAGGUGAUUGCUAUCCGCAGCCUCUGCUAUCCGGAAUCAUGUGGACUGCCAACCGUUGAGGCAGCUCGGUAAUGUGCGUGCGUGCUCCCGGCUUCCUGGCCGUGAUUGCUCAGCCAGUAGGAUACAAUGCCUUUAUCCAAAGACUUGGACACAGACAAGAAAUGACGGACCAGUAUAACAUAAAGGACAAGCACCAGUCUUGUUACUGCCUUCUCAAUAGCCAUUCAAUCAUUCAAGAACUACAGUCCACUCGGCCACCUACGCUCUCCCCGACAUCUUUUGCAACAACUCAGCCACCGCCAACAUGAAGUUCAACUCCGUUGUUGCCUACGCGACCUUGGCCGCUAGCUUUGGCCACUCCCUUCCCACUGAGAAGAGGAAUGUGGCCACGUCUGGAGACAUCUCCACCAGUGACGGCCUCCCGGCGAAGCGCUUUAUCGCUUCUCCUAACGUCUUGCCCCUGAUCAAGCGCAAUGUGGCUACCAGCGAUGUUGAGGCCCGUAAUGUCGCCACAUCCGACAAGCGCAAUGUUGCUACCAGUGAUGUCGAGGCUCGCAACGUGGCCACAUCCGACAAGCGCAAUGUCGCCACCUCUGAGAAGCGUAAUGUUGCUACUAGCGAUGUCGAGGCCCGAAACGUCGCCACCUCCGAUGUCGAGGCCCGCAAUGUGGCUACUUCAGACAAGAGGAACGUUGCUACCAGUGAUGUUGAGGCUCGCAACGUCGCGACCUCUGAGAAGAGGAACGUGGCCACCAGUGAUGUCGAGGCUCGCAACGUCGCCACGUCCGACAAGCGCAACGUCGCGACCUCUGACAAGAGGAACGUGGCCACCAGUGAUGUCGAGGCUCGCAACGUCGCCACGUCCGACAAGCGCAACGUCGCCACCUCUGAGAAGAGGAACGUCGCGACCUCUGACAAGAGGAACGUGGCCACCUCUGAGAAGCGGAAUGUGGCCACAAGCGACGUCGAGGCCCGAAAUGUCGCUACUAGCGAUGUGGAAACACGCAAUGUCGCAACCAGCGAUGUCGAGGCUCGCAACGUAGCCACAUCUGAUGUCGAGGCCCGCAAUGUGGCUACUUCCGACAAGAGGAACGUCGCCACCUCUGACAAGAGGAACGUCGCCACGUCCGACAAGCGCAACGUCGCCACCUCUGAGAAGAGGAACGUCGCCACCUCUGACAAGAGGAACGUCGCCACCUCUGAGAAGAGGAACGUCGCCACCUCUGAGAAGAGGAACGUCGUCGAUGGCCGCAAUGUCGCCACUAGCGAUGUUGAGGCCAGGAACGUUGCUACUUCAGAGAAGAGGAACGUGGCCACCUCUGACAAGAGGAACGUCGCCACCGCCGACUACUAG